AUGGCUGGAAGAGGAAAAAGAAAAUUAGGGGAUGACAAUGGGUUUGGAGACAAGGGAGGCUAUAUGGCAGCUAAAAUAUCAAAACUGGAAAAUCAAUAUUUGAAUGAGAAGUUCAAUGAAGCAUGUGAAGAAGAAAAAUUAAGCAACAUAUUUUUGAAUAUUGCCAUUUUUGUAAAUGGUUACACCAAUCCAACUGCUGAAGAACUGAAACGCAUAAUGCUAGCACAUGGGGGUAUUUAUCAUCAUUAUUAUAAUUCUCGAGCUACCACUCACAUAAUUGCCUCCAACUUAUGUGAUGGCAAAAUCAAGAAACUUAAAGGGGAUGAAAAAUUUGUUAAGCCUGAAUGGAUUGUUGAUUCUGUGAAAGCGCAUUCGUUAUUAGAUUUGAAGCCAUAUCUGCUGUAUACUGGACUAACAUUAGAUAAAGGACAACAAAAGCUGGGCAUUGUUUCAAUGGCGAAGAAAGAAGAUGUCACCUACUGUGAAAAUAGAAAUGAAAGAGCAAUGGUUACAGAUUCAACUGAAAAAAAUUCUGCUAGUGAUAUUAGGCAAUCAAGAGAAAUGAAGCGAGCGGGAGAAGACGAUUUUUUGUCUGAAUUUUACAAGCGCUCCAGGCUCCAUCACAUUUCUACCAUGGGAGCUUUGUUCAAACGGCAUGUGACGGAGUUGCGUGGAAAAAAUAAUGGAGUUUUCCCAGGGAUGGAAAACAUAGAAAAUUGGAAAAAAACAUCUGGGUACCAAGGGAGCCAUAAAAACGAAGAUACUGUGUUCAUGCACAUUGAUAUGGAUUGCUUCUUUGUUUCGGUUGGGCUGCGGAACUAUCCGUCCCUGGUGGGCAAACCAGUUGUCGUGACCCAUGAAAAAGCUGAUUCCAAGCCGCUCCCAAGACGUGAAGGCCGUAAUCGGGAAUAUGAAUUCGAAUGCUAUAAAGAACACUGGAUAAAAAAAUCAAAAUUCUCUGAAAGUAACAAUGCAGACGAAACGGAAGCUGGUCUUACAGAUGUAUUUCCCCGGCUACAAGAUUUGGAUGAAACAUGUUCCAUGUCUGAAAUCGCUUCAUGCAGCUAUGAAGCUCGUGCAGCUGGUAUUUAUAACGGAAUGUUCAUGGGAGCAGCCUUGAAGUUAUGUCCAUCUCUCGUUGCGAUUCCUUACGAUUUUGAAGGAUAUAAGGAAGUGUCCACUUUACUAUACAAUACUGUGGCUUCCUAUACCCUGGACUUGGAAGCCGUCAGUUGUGAUGAGUUGUAUGCGGACAUUACCACAGUUUUGCGACAAACUGGACUUACACCAUCAGACUUCGCGACGCACUUGAAAGAAGUUAUCUUCAGCAAAACACGGUGUAACGCCUCUGUCGGAAUGGGCCCUAAUAUGCUUAUGGCUAGACUCGCAACAAAAAAAGCGAAGCCAAAUGGACUAUUUUAUAUUCAGAAGGGAGAAAUGGUUGAAUUUAUGAAAAGUCACAAGAUCGAAGACUUACCGGGUGUCGGAAGAUCUAUGGCUCAUCGGUUUCAUGCGUUAGGCGUCAAUGCCUGUCUUGAGAUGCAGCAGGUUACCUUAGGAAAGCUUCAACAAGAAUUCGGCCAAAAGCAAGGGCAAACCUUCUAUUAUAUGUGCCGAGGAGAAGAUAAGCGCAGCCUAAAGACAGAGCACAUCCGAAAAUCCAUUUCUGCCGAUAUUAACUAUGGGAUGCGUUUUGCAAAUGACCAGGAAAUGUACAAAUUCGUUCAAGAGCUAUCGUCUGAAGUUUCCGAAAGAAUGGAAGAAAUUCACGUCAGAGGACGGCUCUUGACGUUAAAACUUAAAAUUCGCGCAAAAGAUGCUCCCGUCGAGACGGCUAAAUUUAUGGGUCAUGGAGUGUGCGAUAGCAUUUCUCGAUCAACAACGUUGGUAACAGCCAGCCAUGAAACCAAAAUCAUAGAAAAGGAGGUUCAAAUUCUUCUAAAGCAACUCAAAGUUGAUUGCUGUGAGUUACGUGGAAUGGGUAUCCAGUUUAGCAAACUUGUAGCUGAUAAUGUGUCAAAAGGCAAACAACCGAAACAAAAUUCCUUACUGUCCUUCGUUGCACGUUCCAAAAUAUUUCCAUCGGAAAAUCUUGUAACAACAGUUCCACCAGAAGACAUUGUAAAGACAGUCCCCUCAGAAAAUUUUAUAACACCCUGCAUUGCUACCCCCAAUGCAGAGGAACCUGACAAUGAGAAAGUGGAAUCUGAUGGAAAACAAGGCGAUGGAAAAAGAGCAAAUGACAACGCGCGCUUUGAGCUUCCUUCAUUUUCUCAGAUUGAUCCUACUGUUCUUGACCAACUUCCCAAUGAUUUGAAAGCCGACAUUAUUCAAGAAUAUCAACGACAGGGAAUUGCGUUAAGCGGAGUGAAUAGUCUUACGAAAAACUAUUCAGAACCUGUAGCAGGACCGUCGAAAGCUGAAGCGGGAAAUGGUUCUUCCCUUGCCGAUUCUCAAAUUGAUCCAUUGGUUUUUGACCAACUUCGUGAUGAUUUGAAGAACGACAUUAUUCAAGAAUAUCAACGAAAAGGAAUUACUUUAAGCGUUGCGAAAAGUUCUACGGAAAACUUCCCAAAACCUAUAGCAGGAACGUCGAAAACCGAAACAGCCCUUGGCUCUUCCGUAACUAAAGAAUCAGUGAACUCUUCUGGGACUUCACUGUCAGAAAAGCCUGUAUCGUACGAUGGAAUCGAGGAGAUCACGGACAUCGACGCGAGUUACUGGUCGGCAUUGCCAGAUGACAUCAGAGUUGAAAUAGAAAGAGACAUUCAGCAACGCAAAUCGGAAACAACCUCACCCAUGAAGGGCUGGAAAAGUAUAUUUAAGCCUCAGCGAUCUCCUGUUAAAGCUGCCGGAAAAAUUUUAAACGGGAAGACAAAAGCUGAAACCAAGCGAAAGACCAAAUUCCAAGAAAUACCGAAAGCAAAAGUUCAACCUACGAUUCCAAUUCGGGUUGCAGUAGCUCAGGAGAAGGUAGUAAUAGAUGCAAAACGUCUUGAAGCACCAAAAGAAGAAUUAGCUUUGAGUGGCGCUUCUACUUUGCCGGAAAUUCGGCAACUGUUGCUGGAAUGGUUUUCGUCAUGUGAUAGCCCUGAAAGUGAGGAUUGCGAGGCUGUCUCGAAGUUCCUUGCAUGUUUGGUAAAUAAUAAAGAAUUGCACAAGAUUGAACCCAUUAUUCUUUUCUUAAGAAGAAGGUCAGUUGGGCAAAGUGAUUCAUGGAAACGUACAGUUGAUGAUAUAAUCAACACCACUCAGCUGUAUGUGAUUCAGUAUUACAACGCCCCGCUGAAACUCCCUUCGUCGUUUUUAUGAUUGGUACGACGUUUUUUUGGUUGAUAAAGCACAUGGCGUAGGUUAUUACAGAAAUUUCGUUGAUUUAAAUAAAAAUGCUAGAAAACAGGAAA